AUGUUCCUUGCUCUGAGUGAUGACUAUCUGGGCACUGAAUAUGUAGUCCCGGUAUACCACGAUAUCACAUGGAGGAGUAUCCUGGGAUUGGGCAACCCGACUAACGAUGAUAUAACUGUCAGCUUAAAAUUCCCUGAAAAAAGAAACUUCGAAGGAAACUUGUGUCCAAAUGAGACGUUGGACCUGACUCUGCAGAGUUACGAAACAGAAUCUCUAACAUACAGCUGUGAUAUAACAGGAACGCGAAUUGUUUCUUCAGAAAAGCUGAUCGUUUACACAGCAAGUAUACCAUUGAGCAACUCAGGAGGAGCAGAAUAUCUUCUGGAACAACUGUUACCAAUCACCUUGUGGGGAACGCAUUACGUGGUGGUCCCUUUAGGAGAUCGUCCUUACGGCAAUGUAUUGACGAUUGUGACUGCUAUUGACGACACGACAAUCCAUAUUUCAGGGUAUGAUUUUGUCACCAUUCCGAACAAUACGGAAUAUAUCGUUACUUUCCCACCUUUACCCCCUGAUGAUGCCGACAGUGAAUGUUUGAUUUUAAGUUUGUUUGACAAAACCUCAUAUGCUAUACCACAGCUGAACCUUCCAACGUUAAACCAGCUCCUCCCUGGUGACGAAGAAGACAACGAUCAAGACGGUUUAGUAGAUGAAGAUAACUGUCUGUAUUUUAAGGACGAUUACAAAGCUGAAGUGCCGUCUGACCUUGACCUAGAUGGCUCAGAUGGAGAAGACUGUAAAGGAUGUCCUGGGGGUGAGGGUAUGAACAUGUUUUUAACUUGUGAAGCAUGUGAUUAUGGAUUUUACCGUGAAAGAAAGUCGUGGAAGCUCAGAUGUCAGUCUUGUGGAGAGAAUUACACUACAUUUUAUCAAAGCAGUAGCUCGCAAAAUGACUGUGUCCCCAUUUGCACUGAGGGAAUGCAGCUUAAUAACGAUACGUCGAACAAUGAUACGUUGUACAGAGAAAAUGUCGUAACAGGGACUCUUUCCUCUAAGUCACAAACCAGAGUAGGAGGAGAAAGAAAGGAAUGUGAACCGUGUCCAGUUGGGUAUUAUAAAGACAUGUCGGCAGAAAACACAAAUCUGAGUGUUUCCGAUAGGUUCUGGUGCAUUCAAUGUCCAGAGGGAAACACUACAUACACUGAACGCAACGUCCAGUUUACAGAUUGUAUUGAUAUAUGUGAGGAAGGUUUUGAGCUGCAGAAUAAUAAUUCUUGCGCUGAGUGUGAAAUAGGUUUCUAUAAAAACAUAUCAAGUGCCAACACUACUGCUUCUUUUGAGGAACGAUGGAACUGCACAGCUUGUCGGGAAAAUUUGACCACCUUAAAUAGAGGGACUGUACACGAAGAGGGCUGUAUUGAACAUUGCUUAGAAGGCAGCUUUUGGAAUGGAAGUGUAUGCUUGCCUUGUCCAGUGGGGGAAUACAAAAACACUUCCAGUAAAGAUCUUUCACUUUCUUAUGAACUGAGGUGGAAUUGCACCCAGUGCAAAGACGGGAAAACAACAUACCGUUCUGGCACAAAUAAAGAUGCAUGUUUAGAGCAUUGCCUAGAAGGACUCUACUUGGCUGACAAUGGAACAUGUGUUCUUUGCGACAUUGGAUAUUUUAAAAACACAUCAAGUAAAAAUGUUACGUUAAGUGAAAAUCUAAGGUGGAACUGUACUAAGUGUCCGGAUGGUAAAACUACAAGAACACUAGGAUCUCGUGAAUGCAAACAGUAA